GGGAGAUGAGGUGGGGGACAGUGGAGGGGAGGGGGUCCGAUCCCCUUAUAAGGCAUUUCCCAAUGAUCAGUGGGUGGGAGCGGGUAAGAGCUGUGAUUCCGUGGAGCCGAGCAGGAUAUUCUCACAGGAUGUGAUGGAGGGAAAGCGUCAGCUGAGAGGAGCUGCUGCUACUGCUUUUUACCUUGUGUGUGUGUGUGUGUGUGUGUGUGUGUGUGUGUGCCCAGUGAGGAUGUGAAAUCAUGACGUUCAGGAGCUUCUGUCUAAUCUGUCAUCAGCUGAUUUUCAGCACCAUGAGUGCCGCUCAGCUGCUCCUCCUGCUGAUGGUGAUGGCGUCCAGCGCACUACCCAGACACCUACCUCCAUGCCAAGUUGUCCAGAUGGAUGUGGUUUGCAGUGACCUGAGUCUCAGAAGCGCACCGACCGACCUUCCUCCAGGCGUCCAAAUGUUGGACCUCUCUCGGAACCAGGUGCAGAAUCUCACCCAGGAAACUCUGGCGUACCGCAGUGACUUCCAUCACCUGAAUCUCCACUCCAACAGGAUCCACUUCAUCCAACCAGACCUUUUCAGAGAAAUGAGUGAUCUGAGAGUUUUGGAUCUGUCCAAGAAUUAUCUCAACGUUUUUGCUCUUUCCAAAAUCAACAUUGGGUCUCUUACAGCUGUAGAGUCCCUGGAUUUGUCUAGCAAUGGACUGUACACGGGGAUGUCCGACUUUUUUCUGGCCGAUUCCCCAGUGCUGACAAACCUUUCCCUAAACAGCAAUAGCAUCACCAAAAUAGCACAGAAUGCAUUUGGUGGAACUCCUUCCCUGAGAAAAAUCAAUCUCCACAAUAACAUCAUCCUGGAGAUUGAAGAUGGUGCUUUUGACUCCUUGUAUAAUCUUACAGAACUAGACCUGUCCAAAAACUCUGUUACGUGCAUUACAGACUUCAAUCUGUACAAUUUAAAAAUGCUCAACCUGAGCAAGAACAGCGUGGAGCUUUUCCAGAGUUCAAGCCCAGAUAGACGGUUCAACCUUUUACAACUCGAUCUCAGUGAGAACAAAAUGCUCUCCUUUCCAUCUCUACCCCGAGCCAAUGUGCUUAAAUAUCUAGAUGUUUCACACAAUCUCCUUCAAAGUGUCAAUGUUUCAGGGAGUCCUGAAACAGGCACCGAAAUCUGUUUAUAUUUUCUCCAAUAUUUGGACAUGAGCUUCAACCAUCUUAAAACCAUACCAGAGUCAUUUUUCUACUUUAUGAAAUCACUCAAGGUCCUUAAUGUCAGUAAUAACUGCAUCAGCUCGUUUUCUGUCACCGGCAGAGGUCUUCUCUCAUCAGUGAAGGUCAUCAAUCUCAGCUACAAUUCCCUUCAGAGUCUAACAUUCAGAGAGGAUGCCCUGCAGUCCCUGGAAAAGCUGUACUUACAAGGUAAUGACCUCACCACACUGGACCAUCAAAUCUUUCAAAGACUUCCAAGUAUGAUGUACCUGGAUCUCCAGCAGAACAACCUACAAAUCUGUGGCUCAAAAGAAAACCAUUACGAGUCAUCGUUGACUCGCCAAAACCAAGUAGAUCCUUCAGGCUGCGUUUCCUUUACUUCUGUUCCAAACUUGCAGUUCCUGUACUUCUCUGAAAACAAUCUACAGACCCUGCCUGAAAAUGCUUUUGCCAACACCCCUUUGAAGUCAUUGGACCUGUCCUUGAAUCCAGGUUUGGAAAUACACAAAGAUGCCCUUUCUGGUUUGGAACGCUCUCUUGUUCAACUGAUCUUGAGGGAAAACAACAUGUCUAGGCUGAACACCGACCUAUCCUUGAUCAGGAGUCUUAAACACGUAGACCUGUCCACCAACCAGCUGAACUCUCUACCACCGUGGAACAAGGAGUCCUCCAUCGAGUCCUUAAAUCUACAGAACAACAACCUGGUCACCCUGGAGUACAGCACCAUGGUGGCUCUGGAGCACUCCCUCAAAACCCUCUACAUGGGCUCGAACCCUCUGAGCUGCUGCAGCAACCUGGGGUUCCUUCGCAUGGUCCAACGCUCAGCCGUAGUGGUUCCCGACAUUGAGACUGUGACCUGCGUUCACAAGGACUUUUCAAAACCAGUCAACAUUGAGAAGUUGACGGACGAAAUGUGUCAGGAAUCAGUGUAUGUUAUUAUUUUCUGCGUGCUAGCAGUGAUAGUCGCCUUGGCGGUGCUGGGGCUUCUGUUGAAAUGUUGCCUCUCUAGGAAGCGAAAGCGCAACAGAGGCUAUACAGCGUAAGACGUGCAGUAUACGGAAAAUCCUUUUUGGGAUUUCUCCAAAUUUUUAUACUUGCUAUGUGGUGAUUCAAAGCCGAUAC